AUGACUAUGAAGGAGCAUGUUUUAAUCACUGGUGGUGCUGGGUUUCUUGGAUCUCAUUUUGUCAACCAUGUUGUUCCAAAGUAUCCCCAGAUGGAUUUCCUAGUUAUUGAUAAAUUAAACUAUGCAAGUGGAUUUAAUACUCAUUUAAUUAAAGUGGGUGGUUAUUCAAAUUAUGAAUUUAUUGAAUUUGAUUUAUCCAAGGAUUUUGAUAAGUUGUUGGAGAUUGUGGAAUCCCACCAUAUAACACAAGUUAUCAAUUUUGCUGCAGAAUCAUGUGUUGAUAAAUCUUUUAAAGAUCCAAUUUUCUUCACAAUGAAUAAUAUACUGAGUACACAAUAUUUAUUAGAAUGUUGUCGACUUGUUGAAUGGGAGAUUAAAUUUCUUCACAUCUCAACAGAUGAAGUUUAUGGCGAACAAGAGAAUACUGUUGACGAAAAGGGGAUACUAAAUCCAACAAAUCCAUAUGCUGCUACAAAAGCUUCAUGUGAUUUAAUCAUUCAAUCAUAUAUUUAUUCAUAUAAAUUACCAAUAAGUAUAAUUAGAUCUAAUAAUGUUUAUGGUUUGGGACAAUAUCCUGAAAAGAUUAUCCCCAUGGUUAUUGAUGUGUUGAACAAGAGAUUAAAAGGAGGUGAUGAUAAGAUCCCAAUUCAUGGAGAUGGACAUUAUAAAAGAACAUAUUUAUAUAUUAGUGAUUUCCUAAAAGGUGUUGAAUUAAUAUGGGGGAAGCAAAUGGGAGGUGAAUGCUUUGGACAAGUUUAUAAUAUUUGUGGAGAUGAUGAUUAUGAAAUUAGUAAUUUAGAAUUGAUUAAGUUAAUUUGUGGGGGUUUUGAUAUGGAUUAUAGAGAAUGUAUUGAAUUUGUUGAUGAUAGAAAUUAUAAUGAUUCAAGAUAUUUAUUAAAUUGUGACAAGAUUAAACAGUUAGGAUGGGAACCCAAGAUUGGAUUGAAAUUAGGGUUAUCCAAGAUUAUUCAAAGUAUUUAG